UCUUUAUAUAAUCCUUCUUCUCUCCUUCCUUCCCCCUUCCAAUAUUCUCUUCAGCUCAAAUCCUCUGGUUAUGGCGUCUCCGACUUAUCUAAACUCAACCCCUACAGAUCUCGUUCGAAGGAAGAAGAGACAAUCCGCUUCCUCCUCCGCCGCGUCGUCUCGGAGAAACAACGCAGCUUCAGCAACCGCCGGAGACGGUGAUAGAUGGAGAUCGGAGAAGCAGCAGCGUAACUACUCCGCCAAGCUGAUCCAGGCGCUGCAACAGGUCCGCCUCAGCUCCUCCGCCGCCGAAACACCAUCUCCGACGGCGAAGAAGCGGGGGAAAGCCGUCCGGGAAGCCGCCGACCGCGCUCUCGCCGUCUCCGCUCGCGGGAGGACGCUCUGGAGCAGAGCGAUCCUCGCUAACCGGAUCAAGCUCAAAUUCCGGAAACAGAAACGGCCGAGACCGGCGGCGAUCCCGGCCGUGAUCACGACGGGAAGUAGCAGCAGAAGAUGGAAGAAACAGAGAGUGACGGUUGUGAAACUGAAUAAGAAGAGUAUACCGACGGUUAACCGGAAAGUACGUGUACUCGGCCGGUUAGUUCCGGGUUGCAAGAAAGAAUCAGUACCGGUUAUUCUAGAGGAAGCGACGGAUUACAUACAGGCUUUGGAGAUGCAAGUCAGAGCCAUGAAGUCUCUAGCUGAGCUUCUCUCCGGGUCAAACUCAGGCUCAGCUCCUCCGCCGAUUUGAUGAGGUUAAAAUCGUCAUUUUGAAUUCUGCCAAUCUCUGUGUCUCUCUGUGUACACCAAAACACUUUUCAUAUUAAUAUAUGUAAACAUAAUACGUUUGAGUGUAAUCUGUGUAAGUACUCUUGAUUCUUCUUUCUUCGUUAUAACUAAAGUAACUUUUGAAAUGA